AUUUCACGUUUAACAGUUCAAUUAAAACGGUAAUUUAAAAAAUAAUAAGUGAUUUUUCAUUCCACAACUCAUUUGGAAAUGUUCACGCAAGUUGUGAGUAUUUUCAGCGUUGCACUCAUCUUGCCAUACAAUGCAGAUACAGCGGUGCUCAUGUGCACAUAUGGAGAGCGCCCUGUAUGCGGUAGCGAUGGCCUCACCUACACCAACAUGUGCGACUUGGACAUCGCCCGGUCCUUACGACCAAACCUCACUAUGAAACAUGUCGGCAGUUGCGAAGAUCUCGAUCAUACGUAUGCUAGAAGAACAACAUACUACGACGAUGAUGACUUUUAUGUGGAUCGUAAUUUUUAUGGCUUACCUGGAAGACGUCCGUAUAAAAGGAAACAUUUGAAACAAUCUAAGAAAACCAUUCUAUCGGAGAUGAUUAAUACACAAAGUAACUAUUUUACUAAUGUUCAUACUCAAAAUUAA